CAGUGGAGUCCUUUGGACACUGGCGAAUGCUUGGAUUGGAUAUAGGGAAACCAAUCACCAGAGAGAGAUUAUUGCACGGAAAAUAACUCAGAGACUCUGAAGUCCCAACUCAUCAGGUCAUACUGGAUCAGCAUACCAAGAUGAUGAUAAUUGCUCUUGUUGCCCUCUUCUGUUUAAACAUUGGAACUCCUGGAGAAGCACAGGAGGUGGACAAUGCUAAUAGUGAACAGCGGCUGCCAACGUCUGACCUCCUCAUGUACCUGCGUGAGCUGAGAAAUACCAAGGAGACUGGGAUGGACGACCAUGACCAGCGUGCCAAGAAGUCUCAGACCUUCUCUGACUAUGGCCAAGACAUGAAACUCAAAGGCACUUCGGAUAUCAGCACCGUGCCACAGAGCAGGGUGAAGAGGCACCGACAUAGCUUGGGACAGCAAAACUACUAUCGACUGGGGAAACGGGGCUGCCCCCUCACCACCUGCCAGACACACAACCUGGCCAACUGGCUGUACCUGAUAGCAGCCAGCAAGGGCAAAGAUAGCACUGCCCCCAAGAACACGUCAGACCCCCACGGCUAUGGCAAGAAGCGACGAAGAAGAUCAACCUUCCUUCCGGGGUAUUCAACCAAAAUAGCCCAGUAACAACAUGUAGCUGACCCGAGUAUCCUGUGACAUUCAACUGUGACUUACACUCCACAUCCUGAAGAAUUGAUCUUCCAGGAAAGGCAAGGAAAAGACCAUGGAAAAUCCCACAACAGAAGACAUUUUUAGUUGGUCAAUUACAACAACCAACAGUCUCCCCCCCCCCCCCCCCCCCAACCCUUUCCUAUUUGUGUAAUGAAGAGCAAGGGGAUAGGGUCUGAGGAAGCAUGGCACAAAUGUUACUGAACACACUCCCUCUAAGAACUGUUGCAGGAUCUUCUAAAAGACAAGUAGAUGGAGACAAAUUAAUAAAUAAUCAAGCAAGUUACCUGCUCUCUGUAAUUCUGUCUGCUCUACUCCAUCCUACUUCAGAUAACCAAAUAAUUAACUUUAUUUGCUAGCGCUUCGAAGUUGUCAGGUGUGUGGAAUGGGUCAUCUCAUCCAGAGCCCAAUGCAGCACCAGAAUGAAGUGACCUGGGACUUUGAGCCCUAAGAGUUACACAGGUCUUACUGCCUGGCUCUGCCAUGCUAUCUGGCGAAUGGAGGUCAACUUAUGAACCCUCUCCUCUGCAGCACAGUUGAGCUCCCAUCACUUUGCAUUAAACCUCUGUGCCUCGUGCCUACUCUUUGUCCUAUCACUCCAACCCAGAGACCAAUGUUGCUGCUAAUUAGGCAGGACAGGGCACUGGACCAGUUGGUCGAAUAGUAGUUGCUUGCUAAGUGUACAAACACAAUAUGUUGGACUUGCUUCCAAGUAGAACACAGGGAAUGGAAAUGCCUUGACUGCCUGGUUGUAUACAAAGCUUUCACUAUAUUAAAACUGAGAUAACUCAGUUUGUUCUUGGGUUAGUGGAGCAGCUCUGCCCCCAAGAGGCAAUGGUGGGAGUAGCAGGAGAAGAUACAUUUCUGUACCCUGCUGUAAGACCUUUGCAUCAGCAGUAGUGGGCACUCAUCAGCUGGAUUGUCCUCCUGCUCGGUAAGGCAUAUGGAGCAUCCGAUGAGAAAAUGAAUAUUUGCAAUUUUUAUGUAUGUGGUGAUGUGAGUGCAUGUGUAUAUAUUGGUGUAUAUUUGCAAAAAUAUGUGCAGAGAUAUGGUAUAUAAUUACAUGCACAUAUAUAUAUAUAUUUGAUUGGAGUCAUACAGCACAGAAACAGGAUCUUCAACCCAACUUGUCCAUGCUGACCAAAAUGUCUUAUCCAGCUAGUCUAAUUUAAAACAUUUAGCCAUUAUCCCUCUAAACCUUUCCUACCCAUGUACCUGUCCAAAUGUCAUUUACAUUUUGUCAUUGUACCUUUCUCAACGACUUCUUUUGGAUCUUGUUCCAUAUACCCAUCACCCUUUGUAUGAAAAAGUUGCCCCUCAGUUUCUAUUGGUUUUCCCCCUCUCAUCUUAAAUCUAUGCUUUCCAGUUCUUCGUUCCCCUCUAUCCUGGGCAAAUGAUUCUGUGCAUUCACCCUAUCUCCUCCAUUAAAAAUGUGAUAUACCUCUAUAUGAUCACCCCUUAGCCUCCUGCACUACAAGGAAUAAAGUCUUUGCCUGCGCAAUCUCUCCCUAUAGCUCAGGCCCUCGAUUCCUGGCAACAAACACUUAAAUCUUCUAUGAACUCUUUCCAGUUUCUUUCCAAUAGCAUGGUGACCAAAACUGAACACAAUGCUCAAAUCACUUUUUCCUGACUAAUCAAUGCCAACAUGUCAAAAGCCUUCUUUACCAUUCCAUCUGUCUGGGAUGGCACUCACUUUCAGGGAACUAUGUAUGUGUACUCCUAAUCCCUCUGCUGUACAACAUUCCCCAGGAUCCAAACAUUCCCUGUGAAGGUCCUGCCUCGGGUUUGACUUCCCAAAGUGCAACAUCUCACUUACCUAA